AUGCUAUUCGAUUGGUUUCGGGAAGCUUGUGUGGAAGCAGAUGUCAUCAGCUAUAAUGUUGCAAUCGGCGCGUGUGAUAGGGGCGGACAAUGGCAACGAGCGUUGUCAUUUCUGAUUGAUUUCUCCGAGGAGCCCUUCGAGCCAAACCUCCUCAUUUAUAACGCCGGAGUCAAGGCGUGCGCUACAGCUGGGCAGUGGGAGCAAGCGCUGUCAUUGCUCUGGGAAUCGUGGGAGGUGAGGUUGGAGCCAGAUGCAAACGGGUCGGCUUUGGUCAUCUAUAAUUCUGGCAUCAGCGCAUGCGAGAAGGGCGGGCAGUGGCAACAGGCGCUGAGUUUACUCAGAGACUUGCUGGAGGUGAGCUUGGAGCCACACGUCAACCUCCUCUGUGCUGCUGUCGAGGCGUGUGGUCGAAGCGGACAGUGGCAGCGCGCACUGUCGCUGUUUGGGGAGUCGAGGAACAUGCGGCUGGAGCUGGACGCCAUGAUCUACAGUGCUGCAAUGAGCGCGUGCACCACUGGUGGGCAAUGGCAGCAGGCACUGUCGCUGUUCCGGGAAGCCAAUGAGGCCGAGAUGGCACCGCACAUCACAUGCUACAACGCCGCAAUAAUCGCGUUCGGGAGAGGCCGGCAGUGGCAGCAUGCUUUCUCAAUGCUUCGGGAUGUGUGGGGUGCUAGCUUGGAGCCAAACGUUCUCAGUUAUAAUGCUGGAAUCAGCGCGUGCGCGAAGGACGGAGAAUGGUUGCACGCGCUAUCGUUGCUCCAGGAGAUGUCGGAUGUUAUCGAACCAAACGUUGUCAGUUUCACAUCGGGAGUCAGCGCGUUCGAGAGACAGGGGCAGUGGCAGCAUGCGCUGUGUAUAUUCGGUGAGAUGCGGGACAGAGACGUGGAUUCGAGCGCUAUCAGCUACAAUGCUGGAAUCAGCGCGUGUGCAAAAGGCGGGCAGUGGCAGCGGGCGUUGUCACUACUGAGGCAGUUGCUGAGAUCGAGAUUGGAGCCAGAUGUCAUCAGCUACAAUGCCGGGAUCAGCGCGUGCGAGAGAGGCCGGCAGUGGCAACAGGCGCUCAUGCUACUCAGAGAGUUGUGGUCAGUGGAUUUGGAGCCAGAUGUCAUCAGCUACAGUGGUGGCAUCAGCGCGUGCGAGAAAAGUGGACAGUGGCAGCAGGCGCUGUCGUUGCUCAGAGAAUUAUGUGAUGCGGCGGGGGCGCCAGACGCUACAAGUUAUAACGCUGCAAUCAGCGCGUGCGAGAAAGGCGGUAAGUGGCCGUACGCAUUAUUGUUGCUCCACGAGUUUCGUGGUGCGAAAUUGGAUCCAGAUGGCGUCAGCUACUGUGCUGGGAUCAGCGCCUGCGAAAAAGGUGGGAAGUGGCAGCAAGCGUUGUCGCUGCUCUCGGAUCUGCAGGAAGUGACGUUGAAGCCAGACGUCAUUAAUUAA